AUGACAUCAACAACAGAUGAAAAAGCAACUCAUGCAGUAGAAGUAACUUCAAGUUCAUCACAUUCAAAAGAUUUAGAAAAUAAUAUAAAUGAAAAAUAUUCUCAUGAUGAUGAUGUUCAUUUAGAAUUAAAACAUCAUACAAUUGAAGAAAUUUCAAGUAGUGGAAAUUGGUAUGAUAAAACUUUUAGAAUAUUUGGUAAAAAUUUUCAUUAUUCAAAUUCAAUGGUACAAAUUGUUGUUUGUGCUUUUGUUAUAUUUAUGACACCUGGUAUGUUUAAUGCAUUAAGUGGUAUAGGUGCAAGUAUAAGUGAUAAACCAACAUCAGAUAAUGCAUCAGUUGCAUUAUAUUCAACAUUUGCAACAAUUGGUUUUUUCGGAGGUACUAUAGUAAAUAUUUUAGGAGUUAAGUAUUCUUUAAUGUUUGGAGGUAUUGGUUAUGCAUUAUAUGCUGGAUCAUUAUUAAGUUUUAAUCAUAAUGAAAAUAAAGGAUUUGUUAUAUUUGCAGGAGCAUUCUUGGGGUUAUGUGCAGCAGUAUUAUGGGCAGCUCAAGGACAAGUUGUUUUAAGUUAUUCAGAUGAAAAAAAUAAAGGUAAAGCAAUUAUGAUAUUUUGGGUUAUUUUUAAUUUAGGUGCUGUUAUUGGUUCAAUAAUUCCAUUAGCUGAUAAUAUUAAUAAUACUGGAUCAGCAGCAAAUAAUGGUACUUUCAUUGCAUUUAUUGUUUUAAUGUGUUGUGGAUCAUGUAUUGCAUUUUUUAUGUUAGAACCUUCAAAAGUUUAUAAAUCAGAUGGUACAAGAGUUGCAAUUGAUCAACAUAAAGCUCCAAAUGUAAAAGAUGAAAUUAUUGCACUUUUUAAAUUAUUAUUUAAAGAACCAAAAAUUUUAUUUAUGUUUCCAAUGUUUUUUGCUUCAAAUUGGUUUUAUACUUAUCAAUUUAAUAAUUUUAAUCAUGGUAUGUUUAAUUUAAGAACAAGAUCUUUGAAUUCUUUAUUAUAUUGGUUUGCUCAAAUGAUUGGUUCAAUAAUUUUGGGUUAUAUAAUGGAUUUAAAAUAUUUUAAACGUUCAACAAGAGGUAGAAUUGGUUGGACUAUUUUAUUUGUUACUGGUUUAGCUAUUUGGGGUGGUGGAUUAAAAUUUCAAUUAGAAUUUACAAGAGAAGAAGUUGAAUCAACUCCUCCAACUAUUGAACCAAUGGAUUAUACUCAAGGUAAAUAUAUUGGUCCAAUGUUUCUUUAUAUAUUUUAUGGUGCUUAUGAUGCAUUAUUUCAAACUUUUACAUUAUGGUGUAUUGGAGCAUUAUCAAAUAAUCCAAAAAAAGUUGCUUUAUAUGCUGGAUUUUAUAAAGGUAUACAAUCUGCUGGUGCAGCUAUUGCUUGGAGAUUAGAUGCUAUUGCUUUACCUUAUAUGAAUUUAUUUGCAAGUUCUUGGGCUUUAUGUCAAGCUUCUUUAUUAAUUGCUAUACCUUUAAUUUGGUUUAGAAUAAGUGAUCAUACUGAUGCAAUUGAAGAUGGAAUGGAAGAUAUUGUUGGAAUGGAUGAAAUUGAAGCUGUUAAAUCAACUACUGAACAUAAAGAAUAA